AGGCACUAAAAAAGAGAAAGAAAGAAACUACAACUAACUAUAGCCAGCCAGCCAGCCAAGCCCACCAAUCCAUCCCCACUCCUACAGGGAGAGAUAGAGGAAACAGCAAUAAAAGAGAGCAUUAUACCACUAGUCCAUUACCAUUUAUAUUGGGUUAAGUAGAAAGAAAGGGAGAGAUGGAAAGGUCUACCGUCUAUAUACAGAGGGAUAGAGGAAAUGAGAGCAUGCCUUGUCGGCCAUUAAAGCUUCAAGGGACGAGCUAAAGCUCGUUCCUUUUCAUGUGCUUUCGUUUCGUUGCAAUAUCUCUAUUGUAAAUCCUUAAAAAAAUCUCUCUUUUUUGGUUCGUUCCACUUUUGGUUGUUUGUUUGGUUUCUCAAAAGCAGGAGAGAGAGUUUUUUUGGGUCCAAAAUCUUUGGCCUUGAGAUCCAAAGAUCCGCGCCAUUUGUGGCUAAAGGUGAACUGGGUUUGUUUUGGUUUUCUCUCUCGAUUCAUGAAUUCCACGGUAUCUUUCUUUUUGUGUCUCAAUGUGUAACAGCAAAGUGGUGCAGUUAUUGCUUUUACUAUCUCUUCUUUGAUGAGUGAUUGAUUGAUUGAUUAUUUGGCUUAAACAGGUUCGGAAUUAUCAUAUUAUGCUAUAAUCAUGAUCAAGCUGAGGGAUACUAGAAUGUCAAGUAGAACUUUUGAAGCAGGGUUUACAGUAUUUUGGCUCUUGCUAUUGGUUUGUACUUCUGAGGGGUUGAAUUCUGAGGGGCACUCCCUCCUGGAUCUAAAGAAUAGCAUUCAUGAUGAAUUUGAUCAUUUGAAUAACUGGAAAUCCACUGACCAGACACCAUGUGGGUGGAUCGCCGUGAAUUGCACUUCAGAUUAUGAGCCCGUGGUCCAAUCUCUCAAUUUGAGUGCAAUGAAUUUGUCUGGGAUCCUGAGUCCCAGCAUCGGUGGCUUGGUCAACCUAAGAUAUCUUGAUCUUUCUUACAACAUGCUCAGUGGACGUAUACCUAACACCAUUGGAAAUUGUUCAAAGUUGCAAUAUCUAUAUCUAAACAAUAAUCAGUUUAGUGAACAACUUCCUGCAGAGCUGGGUUAUUUGUCUCUUCUUCAGCGUUUGAAUAUAUGCAAUAACAGAAUAUCUGGUUCUUUUCCAGAGGAGUUUGGGAAUUUGUCUUCAUUGGUUGAGGUUGUGGCUUACACCAACAAUCUGACUGGUCCAUUGCCUCACUCUAUUGGGAAUCUCAAGAACUUGAAAACCUUUCGUGCAGGGCAGAAUGGAAUUUCUGGUAGCAUUCCAGUGGAAAUAAGUGGAUGUCAAAGCUUACAAUUACUUGGUCUUGCCCAAAAUGCCAUAGGAGGGGAGCUGCCAAAAGAAAUUGGGAUGCUUGGGAGCUUGACUGAUUUAAUUUUGUGGGGUAACCAACUCACAGGAUAUAUACCAAAGGAGAUUGCUAACUGUACAAACAUAGAGACGCUUGCUUUGUAUGCAAACAAUCUUGUGGGAUCGAUACCAGUGGAAAUUGGGAACAUGAAGUUUCUGAAGGAACUCUAUCUAUACAGAAAUGAGUUGAAUGGAACCAUUCCAAGAGAAAUUGGGAAUUUAUCUAUGGCAACGGAAAUUGAUUUCUCAGAGAAUCAGUUGACAGGGGAGAUCCCUACGGAGUUCAGUAAGAUAAAAGGUCUGCGUCUUCUAUACCUCUUCCAGAAUCAGCUUAUUGGUGUUAUACCAAAUGAGCUUAGUAGCUUGAGGAACUUGACAAAGCUUGACCUUUCAAUUAAUUAUCUCAAAGGUCCUAUUCCUUUGGGUUUUCAAUACUUGACAGAAAUGAUUCAACUACAGCUUUUCAAUAACUCCCUUAGUGGCAGUAUUCCUCAGGGGCUUGGACUUUACAGUCGACUUUGGGUGGUGGAUUUUUCAGACAAUUAUCUGACAGGAAGAAUACCUCCUCAUCUUUGUCGGCAUUCUAACCUGAUGUUGCUGAAUCUGGAGGCAAACGGCUUUUAUGGGAACAUCCCAAAUGGUAUCUUGAACUGCAGAUCAUUGGUACAGCUUCGGCUUGUUAGAAACAGGCUUACAGGUAGCUUUCCUUCUGAGAUGUGCAAGUUGACGAACCUUUCUACCAUUGAAUUGGAUCAGAACAAGUUUAGUGGUCCGAUUCCUCCGGCCGUUGGCAACUGUCAGAAGUUGCAGAGGCUUCAUAUUGCAAACAAUUACUUCACUAAUGAGCUGCCUAAGGAAAUAGGUAAUCUGUCUCAACUUGUGACUUUUAACGUCUCUUCUAAUUUGCUCAAAGGACAGAUUCCACCUGGAAUUGUUAACUGCAAGAUGCUUCAACGACUUGAUCUCAGCCACAACAGCUUUGUAGAUGCUUUACCAGAACAGCUUGGAACCCUUCUGCAGUUAGAGCUUCUCAAGCUGUCAGAAAAUAAAUUCUCUGGGAAUAUACCUCCAGCAUUGGGAAAUCUCUCUCACUUGACUGAAUUGCAGAUGGGUGGCAAUUUAUUUUCUGGUGAAAUUCCUCCAGAGUUGGGUUCUCUUUCAAGCUUGCAGAUUGCAAUGAAUCUUAGUAAUAAUAAUCUGACUGGGAGCAUACCGCCAGAACUGGGCAAUCUUAAUUUGCUGGAGUUCCUCUUUCUCAAUAAUAAUCAUUUGACUGGUGAAAUUCCAGAAACAUUUGAAAAUCUUUCAAGUUUACUUGGGUGCAACUUUUCAUAUAAUAACCUUACUGGACCCUUACCUCCCGUACCACUAUUUCAGAACAUGGCAGUUGGCAGUUUCCUAGGGAAUAAUGGGCUUUGUGGUGGGCAUCUUGGCUAUUGCAAUGGAGAUUCAUUAUCUGUCCCUCCUUUGAAAAGCAUGGAUGCUCCCCAGGGUAGAAUAAUCACAAUUGUUGCAGCUGCUGUUGGUGGAGUUUCUCUGAUUCUAAUUGUAGUAAUAUUAUAUUUCAUGAGACACCCAGCUGAAUCAGUUCCUUCCAUACGUGACAAUGAAAGUUCAUCUCCAGAAUCGGAUAUCUACUUCCCUCCAAAGGAGGGAUUCACUUUACAAGAUCUGGUUGAGGCCACAAACAAUUUUCAUGAUAGUUAUGUUGUAGGAAGGGGAGCUUGUGGAACAGUCUACAAGGCAGUUAUGCAUACUGGACAAACCAUUGCUGUGAAAAGACUAGCAUCUGACAGAGAGGGGAGCAACGUAGAGAACAGUUUUCAUGCGGAGAUUGUGACUCUGGGAAAGAUCAGGCACCGGAACAUUGUGAAGCUUUAUGGAUUUUGCUAUCACCACGGUUCCAAUCUGCUUCUUUAUGAGUACAUGGCCAGGGGUAGCUUGGGUGAACUGCUUCAUGGGCCCUCUUGCAGCUUGGAAUGGCCAACAAGGUACAUGAUUGCACUUGGUGCUGCUGAAGGUCUUGCCUAUUUACAUCAUGACUGCAAACCGAGAAUAAUUCAUCGUGAUAUAAAGUCCAAUAAUAUUCUACUUGAUGAUAAUUUUGAAGCUCAUGUUGGUGAUUUUGGUUUGGCUAAAGUAAUUGACAUGCCUCAGUCUAAAUCAAUGUCAGCAGUUGCAGGGUCAUAUGGGUAUAUUGCUCCUGAGUAUGCAUACACAAUGAAAGUAACAGAAAAAUGUGAUAUCUAUAGCUAUGGAGUUGUUCUGUUGGAGUUGUUGACUGGGAAAAUUCCUGUGCAGCCACUAGAUCAAGGAGGUGAUCUUGUGACAUGGGUGAGAAAUUAUGUCCGCAGCCAUUCAUUGUCAUCUGGGAUACUUGACAGUAGAUUAGACCUCAAAGAUCAAAGUACUGUUGAUCACAUGAUUUGUGUACUGAAAAUUGCUUUGAUGUGUACAAGCAUGUCACCUUUUGAUCGUCCCUCAAUGCGUGAAGUUGUAUUGAUGCUUAUUGAGUCUAAUGAGCGAGAAGGGAACUUCAUUCUGUCUACAAUUUAUGAUCUUCCACUGAAAGAUGAUGCUUCACGAAAGUAAGCUAUCAUCUCCCAGUUUCUGUUAAAGGACAGCAAAUGAUGGUACCUUGUACAUUCUUUUAUAAGCAAAUAGAAUCACUGGAUAGUUCUGUUGCUCAUAGGGGCUUAAUAUCAUUGUUGCUCUCACAUUCUGUAUUUCAUCUUGCAAUUGCUACAGUAUAGUAACACUUGUGUACAGAUGGACGUACCAUUAUAUCUACAUGGAUCUCAAAGAUCCAGAUGUUACCAUUACUCAACAGAUGCUAGUUGAUGUGCUGUUUUCAGUUAGCCAGAGACUCAUAAAUCUGGAUAAUAGGUACUCUUUAUUUGCAAUUUUAAUAGAUGAAGUUAAAAUGAUCUUUCUAUUA